GCUAUCUCUAGAGAUUUUUCGAGACGUAAUAUACCCUACGACAGCACACUAAAAUAUUUGACAAUUUAACAAAGGCGGAUCACCCUUGAACAAGUGGGAUAAAUGCACCAGCAAAGGCAGCGCUUUAAACAUGAAUCGAAAGGGAACGCGAGAUCAAAAUGAUAUAUCGCUGAUCAUUGGGACGCUACCGAAACGGCUGCAGAACAAAAUAGCAGCCAGCUGCUGCAGCCACGCACCAACGACGGAGAACGUUGAGAAUGCGGAGCCAGCGUCGUCGCCAAGGCCAGUCACCGUCCUGAGCAGUGCAACUACUGCGAAGCCCAAGGCACCCGUUUUGGUUACCAACGGGGCCGUGCGCGGGAGCGUGCGCGAUGGCGGGAUUCCGGGCAUCCUGCGGGUGGCCACCUCGGUGGCGAAUAACGAUGGGACUGGGAGUGGUAGAGGCAAUGGGAAUGGCAAAGCCCAAAAUGCUCGUCGCCGAGGUUGGAACGAUCACGACAAGGGCGAGGUGCAAGCUCCGCCGUCGCCAGUGACGCGCACUCGUUUAACCACCGAGCAUCCGGACUGGUUUGAGCCCCUCCUGAGCCUGCCCCAGGCCAAGAAUAUAGUUCAGUUGUACGACCAACUGAUGGUGCUGCAGCAAAGGAACCUCGUCGUGACCAACUGGAAGAACUUCUGCGAUAUUCACGUCCAAAUGCAGGACGCCUUCAAGCAGCUGGUGCUGGAGCAGCUGAAGUUUGUGUGCGAGCACAAGGUGGAUGUCUUCUUUUGGAAGCUGCUGUUCUACAAUGUGCGCGAUUACCUAAGGAGCCAGCACUCGGACCAGGCGUACGCCCACACGCUUCUGCUGAUCGAGCAGGCCACCAAGUUCUACCGCCUGAUGUAUGAGAAGCUCAUAGCCAAGUGCGUACCCUCUUCGCGCAGCGAGAGUGCCGUCAAGGUGGUGGCCCAACGGCUCCUCAUCUGCCUGGGCGACUUGUCGCGUUACCGGGUGAACCAUGUCCAGGCCACCGACUAUCUGGAGGCGGCCAAAUACUAUCAGAAGGCGCAGGAGCUGGUGCCCGGCAACGGGGUUCCGUACAACCAGCUGGCUGUUAUUUCCAUUUACCAUCACAAGCGCUUCGAUGCCGUUUACUUCUAUAUGCGAAGUUUAUUGACUUCCAAUUCAAUUCAGACGGCCAAGGAGAGGCUCCUAGACCUCUUUGACGAGAUUCGUCGCAAGUAUGAGGAAACCGAGAUGAAGCAAUCGCCGAUACAUCAAGUGGCUGCCCCUAAAAACCAGAAAUCCAAACAAAUGCGCAAGGAGGUGUGGAUCCAUCCGGAUGGCAUAAGGUGCCUGCAUCGCACCGAUAUCAAGGGUAACAACAGGGGAAAGGGCAACAAGGCCACCUUGGCGGAGGUCAAUCGAUACGAGGAGAUGCCGCCGGAGGAGCUGCUGCCACGCAUCGUGUCGCUGUAUCUGUACCUGAUAGGCAAGCUCUACACGGGAACAGAUGUGGACUCGUUGUACCAGCUGCUUCGAAAGCUGCAGAUCCAGAUGGGGGCCGUGCUCAAGCACAAGAACCUGUUGACACGCUCCAAGCUGCUGAAAAUCGUGGCACUCAAUUUGUUUGUUGUGGAGCACAACCAUAGGAAAUCGUCACGGCGCGAGAUGCGUUAUCACAGCUUCAAUUUCGCCAACUCAUUCUUUGGACUCAUGCUAGAGAAGACGAACCAGCUAAUGGCGGGUUUUGUAAAGGGCUCUACUAACUUCCAGUGCCUUCCCGAUGAGGAUUACGCCAACGUCAACACAUAUCUGCAGUUUGUGAAGGUGUAUGUGCAUUGGCUAAGCAUCAAUGUGGACUUGUGGGAGCCUGUUAGGUCGGAGGAACACUACUUUAUCGAUUGCUGGUCUGAGCUGACCAAGCUCUUCGAGCAUAUCGAUUGCAUUUUCGGCAAGCAGAAGCCGGAGAAGUGUGCCAUUAUUUUGGAUGAGGACAUAGCCCUGAGCGGCUUCAAUCCCUUGGGUCGCGAUAUGAUUACCAAGGAUUGCAGUAAGCCUGCAACCGAACGCAUACAGUUCCUCGAACGCCUGCGCAAGAUUGCCGAGUUCCAGGACUGCUAUGUCCAGCACCAGGAUUCGUUACAACAACCACUUGACUCGAGCUUCACCAUCGAGGAUUUAAACGCAGCCAUGAAGAACGCUCUGGAUAACUUUGAUGCCGAGAGUUGUGGUCUAGCAAGUGCAACCAGGCUAACAUCAGAUGUGGCUAACCCGUGUCCCUCUACCGACGCGGACGUUUCGCAGCUUUGCAAGCUGAAGAAGGAGCUGGAGGCCAAGGCAAAGGUUAGACAGAUCUGCAACACCAAGCUGGAGGAGAUCCUGAAGUUCGUGGACACCAAGAUAUACAUAGAGGUGCGCCCGCGUUAUCUUUUGCCCGACACCAACUGCUUCAUUGACUGCCUGGAGGACUUUGAGAAGCUGGCCGCGGAGUUCAAGCGCUACACGUUAAUCAUACCGCUGACAGUGGUCAGGGAACUGGAUGGUCUCUCCAAGGGCGUCAAGUUGGAUUCCUAUUGCAGCUCCAAGCAGACGCAGCGUAUUCACCACUUUGACGAAGUGUCGUCGCGGGCCAAGAAAUCCCUGGAGUUUAUCAAGUCUGCUAAGAGUAAUGUGAAAUGUGCCACCACCAAGGGCUCGUUUGUCAAUGCCUCAGUGUUCGCCUUGGUCGAGGAAGAGUAUCUCUCCAACGAUGACAAAAUUCUGGCCACUGCUGUGGCUGUAUCUAAGUCAGCCAAAUCUGAACAAUGCAGAGAUGGCAAAUGUUUCAUUCAAACCGAACUGGUUCUCAUCACCACCGAUCGCAAUCUCAGAGUCAAGGCCCUGGCUCGCAACUUGGCUGUGAGCGCUUUGGAUGAGUUCCUGCAGUGGGCCAAGGAUUGCCGCGAAUCAACCUGAGACAGCCUAGAGAUGGCAACAGAACCGGGCUGACAAUGAAAUUGUGCCCCGCCACCGGUAACCAAGGUGGUGGUGGUGGCGGUGUGUGUGAGAAGAGAACUCAUGCUAUUAUAUUACCUACAUAAUACACAAAUGACAAUGAAUGUCGGAUACGGCAGUAGCAGAUGCAAACGCAGACGCUGGCCGCGAAUACGUACACGACGCGGAUUCCUGAGGACCACAAAACGGGUGCGGAUAUUCAGAGUGGUUUCCCCCGGGUGACCGCCUCCCGUUGGCUUCCACACCUUUCUGCCCUUCUGAUUUCUUUUCAAAAAACAAAAAACAUGUACAUUUUGUGACCUUCUGAAACAAAAUUAAAUCUUCAUUGUUGUUUA